GGUGUAACAUCAGAGCGAAGAGCCUCCCGGCAUGUAGCUCAGCUGAGGAAGACAGCAUGGUGCAGGCAGAGACCUUCAAUGUUUUGCAAUCUGGCAACUUGAUAGAAAUUCCACUAUUUGCUCAUUUACUGAGAUAAUCUCCUCGGAAGAAUCAGACAGUAGUUGCGGUCCUAUGGUCUGGAUUUACUAUGGAGCCCAUAAUGAAUCUGAUCUGGCAGAGAGUCUUCCAGCGGCUCCACAGAACCUCAGUACUUCCCCGGAGGAACCAUUCAGGUUGUGCUGAGCAUGCCACUGUUCCUGCCUCCACCAACUCCAGACAAAUCAAGCCCACACUCCUGGUGUCCCGCCUCUACCAGCCUUCAAACCUGCGUGAUGUGGGACAGGACAGCCGGCUGCAGGGAGAGAUGACGUGUAAGAGUCAAAGGCUCAUGCAGCAGGCUGGGCUCAUCCAUCCAUCCAACCCCGGUUGUUACUACUAUCUACCUGCCACCGUCCGCUCCCUGGAGAAGCUGGUGAGAGUAAUUGACCAAGAGAUGCAGGGGAUCGGUGGGCAGAAGCUGGACAUGCCCAGUUUGUGCUCAGCUGAUCUCUGGAAAACCAGUGAGCGCUGGGACUUGAUGGGAAAGGAGCUGUUCCGAUUGAAAGACCGCCACGGAGUCGACUACUGCUUGGGUCCCACACAUGAAGAGGCAGUGACGACUCUGGUCGCUCACCAGACGACUCUCUCCUACAGACAGCUCCCUCUGCUCCUUUAUCAGAUCACCCGCAAAUUCAGAGAUGAACCAAAGCCAAAGUUUGGUCUUCUUCGAGGGAGGGAGUUCUACAUGAAGGACAUGUACUCAUUUGAUGUGAGUGAAGAAGCAGCCUACGAGACCUAUGAGUCUGUGUGCCGGGCAUACACCAGGCUCUUCGUCCGACUGGGUCUGCGUUGCGUUCAGGUGCAGGCGGACACAGGCAACAUCGGCGGUAAACUCUCCCACGAGUUCCAGCUGCCAGCGGACAUCGGUGAGGACCGGCUUCUGGUCUGUGGGAACUGCUCCUUCUCUGCUAAUGUAGAAACCAUGUCAUCAGACAGAACUGACUGCCCACAGUGCAAAACUGGCACACUGGUGGAGUCAAAGGGUAUAGAGGUCGGCCACACCUUUUACCUGGGUAAAAAGUACUCUCAUAUAUUCAAUGCCACUUUCAGCAAUGCCCAGAACAAGCCUAGUAUUGUGGAGAUGGGCUGCUAUGGUCUUGGGGUAACCCGUAUUCUCGCUGCAGCCAUUGAGGUGUUGUCAACAGAAGAGGGGAUCCGCUGGCCAGGCCUCCUCGCGCCUUACCAGGCGUGUGUUUUACCACCGAAGAAGGGCAGCAAGGUGGACGAGGCGGCAGUCUUAGCUGAGGAACUGAUUCACACUUUGGGAGAGACCAUGCCUCGUUUGAGAGGGGAAGUUGUUCUUGAUGACCGUACACAGAUGACCAUUGGGAAGAGGCUGAAGGAUGCCAGCAGACUGGGCUACCCGUAUGUUAUUGUAGUAGGACAGGGAGCUCUGGAGGAAACCCCCAGAUUUGAGGUGAUCUUUCAGCAGACAGGUGAGACAAUGUUUCUCAGUAAAGAUGGACUGUUAGAUCUUCUGGGAAGAGUGGAAACUGUAUGAGUAACAACUCUGUAAUAAAGGUUUUUUUUGAGGUUG